GUUUUCCUAAAUUUAAAUCCAGCAUUAUGAUUAACUUUAGGGAAAAGUACCACAUUAUAGGAAAAUAUACAUAAUUUAAAUUUAAAAUGAGCACGACAAGUUUAGAUUUGACUUCUGAUAAACCCUUAAUAUGGAAACCUGAAUUAUAUCAGUUACAAUUAUCUGCUCCCAUUCCCAAUGCUUUAUUUCGAACAAAUGAUUUAGAAUUAGGGGCACCAAAUUUUUAUGGAUAUGAAUAUCAUGGUAUUAUGGGUCACCAGGAGGCCAAUAAGUUGCUCCAUGAUAGUGUUGAUGGCACAUAUUUAAUACGAAGGGGAUCCAAUUGCAAUGAUUUUUAUACAUUGACUGUGGUGUUUGAAGGACGAAUUCAUAACUAUAAAUUAUACUACCAAAAUGGAAUGCAUUUUAUAAGAAAAGAUGUUCCUUAUGAAAGUAUACAUGAUCUUGUAGCAGAUGGAUUGAUAGCCAUGCAUAUGGAAAUUCAUGCGAGACAUGUUAUUCCAACAAUGCAUGAAUGCUUAUCUUAUAAAGAAAGCCCAUACAUGACUCUAAAUAAACGAAAAUUAAAGUUGUUAAAAGAAAAAACUAAUAUAUUGGAUGUGAAAGCUGAUGAAGUUUGUAAAUCCCAGGCUAGUAAAGAUAAAAUAAAUGAGCCGGUAUCAUAUUGCAAACCUCAUAGUUUUAAAGUUCACACUUUUAAAGGCUUAAAUUGGUGCGAACUAUGUGCAAAUUUUUUAUGGGGGUUUAUUGUUCAAGGUGUCAAAUGUGAAGAUUGUGGAUUUGUUGCUCAUUCAAAAUGUUCAGAACAUGUUCCAAAUGACUGUAGUCCAGAUUUGAAAUCAAUUCGAGGAGUAUUUGGAACUGAUUUAACAACAUUAUUAAAUGCAAGAUCAGAAGCCUUGCCUUUUAUAGUUCUAAAAUGUGCAGAAGAAAUAGAAAAAAGAGGAUUAGAUCAAGAAGGUAUUUACAGAGUAUCUGGGUUUCAAGAUGAAAUUGAUAUGUUAAAAUGUGCCUUAGAUACAGGUGGUGAAGUAAUUGAUAUAAGCAAGUAUAACGUUAAUGUUGUAGCGGGAACAUUAAAAUUAUACUUAAGACUACUACCUGUUCCUUUAAUAACAUUCAGUGCGCACCCAGAUCUAAUAAAAGCUACUGAAAUAAAAGAUUCACAUGAAUGUGUGUCUGUUAUAUUAGCAGCUUUAAAUAAAUUACCAGUGGCUCACUUCAAUACGUUGAAAUACAUGAUAAGGCAUUUAUAUAGGGUAACUACAAAGUCUGAUAUAAAUAAAAUGACUGCUCAUAAUUUAAGUACAGUGUUUGCACCAACGUUGAUUGCAAUCACAAACCAAGUAACAAAUUUAACACAAGAAAUUUUAAUACUAGAAUUAAUGAUUACGUUUUGCAACGAUAUUUUCAAAAGUAAUUAA